CUAAGGGCGGGCGCAGGGAAGCACGCAGAAGCCUCACUCCAGACCCCAAACCUCCAGGUCAGUGGCCCGCUUCCAGGGUGUGGGGGGUGCGGAACAUCGCGGGUCUGAUGCUCCGUUUCGGAUCCUGGCUCCCCAGCUGAACGAUCCAUUUGGCACACGGCUUUGAAGACCGAGCGUAGGAAGUAGAUCCCAGGUGGCCCCCCGCCAUUCCUGGGAAGCAGGGGCUCCUGCUCCAGUUCUUCUAUCCUGUCUUUAAUUGGGCCAAGCUUCAGCAACGCAAGGCAGAGGACGUGCUCCUAUCUCCUCUCCACCACACACCCCCCUCGAGACCAGCCUGCCAGCGGGACGUGAGGCUCAGCCAGCAUCCGAUGGAGGAUAAGAAGAAGAAAAGGAGUCCGAAGCCCUGCCUGACACAGCCAGCCCAGGCCCCGGGCACACUACGAAGAGUCCCUGUGCCCACCAGCCACAGCGGCUCCUUAGCCCUGGGACUCCCUCAUCUGCCAUCCCCCAAGCAGCGAGCCAAGUUCAAGAGGGUAGGCAAGGAGAAAUGUCGCCCGGUGCUGGCCGGAAGUGGGGGUGGCUCUGCAGGCACCCCGCUGCAGCACUCCUUUCUGACCGAGGGGACGGACGUCUAUGAGAUGGAGGGGGGACUGUUGAACCUGCUCAAUGAUUUUCACUCGGGCCGGCUGCAGGCCUUUGGGAAGGAAUGCUCCUUUGAGCAGUUGGAGCACGUGCGGGAGAUGCAGGAGAAGCUGGCCCGGCUGCACUUCAGCCUGGAUGUGUGUGGGGAAGAGGAGGAGGAGGAGGAGGAAGAAGACGGGGUCACUGAGGGAUUGCCUGAGGAGCAGAAGAAGACGAUGGCUGACCGCAACCUGGACCAGCUGCUUAGCAAUCUGGAAGAUCUCAGUAACUCUAUACAGAAGUUGCACCUGGCCGAGAAUGCCGAACCUGAGGAGCAGUCAGCUGUGUAGGUGGCGGACCCGGGCCCAGACUGCCUCUCUUAUCUCUUCAAACUGUGACUUUUUACGAACUCGAUUGGGCAUUCCGCGGCCCCCCAGGUGCUAUGGGGGAGGGGGGCGCUGGGUGAAAUUAAACCAGAAAGAAAGAAA